AUGACAUACGAAAGGUUAGCACCUUUUUACCGGAAUCGAAGGAGAUUAACACGGAAACAGCGUCGGCAUGAAUGCUCCACUAAUUCCAAUCCGCCGUCGUCUUCUGGUGGAAUCGACCUUCGAAUCUCUUCUCCAAACACUUUCACUCGAAAUGGAAUUAAGUUCAACAAUUAUCAACUAGAGGUCGGACACUUUACAGAGCUUAAUUUGGGUAAUUCAAGAGGACAAAACUUCCAUAGAACCAGGUUUCGCGAAGAUCAGUCUAGGGUACACCAGUGCCAAUACUCACGGCUCCGUUAUGCUACAGGGGAUUAG